GCUAUGAACACUCUGCAAGACCUGCUUACCAACAUCUACUCACUGAAAACCACUGUUGACGCCUUCCAGAAUGAGCUGAGACUCUUGAAGGACAAGUUCCACAAAGACAGCAUGGGUGAAAUAGGUGAGCAGCUUGCACUACUGGAUCGGCACAGCCAGAUCAUCCAGACCAUCCUGGACAAAUUGGGUGACUUGCAGGAAGAGCUGAGCUCUUUCCCCAAGCAGGCAGACCUGGUACAAUGGAGCUGUCUCUUCAAGUCUCUUGCUGACAAGAGCCUCUCUGAACAAGGGCACAGCCUGGAGUCCAAACAAGAGAUGGCCAGGGAGGCCCUCAGCAAGCUGAGCCAGCUGCCAGAGCAGCACAAGGCCUUGGAGACUCGUGUCAGCAAGCUGGAGAGUCAGCUCCAAGAGCAAGCGGAUCAUAUAGCCAACAUGGGGAGCUCAGCUGACUUAGCUGCUGAACUGAAAAGAAUGCAAGAUGAAUUAAGCAGCCUGCAGAAUGAAGAAGAGAAGAGGCUGGACUUCCGAAAGAACAUGCUGGCCCAGAUGCAGAAGCUAAAGGAGCAGUGUGAGAAGCUACAGAAAGUCACUGAGAGGCUCCUGAGCAACACAGGAGACAUCCAGAACCUGCGAGAGAUGGUGGAGCAGCUGAACCUGAAUAAAGCAGACAAAACCCUGCUUGAACAGGAGAUGAAUGUGAAAGCAGACAAGAGUGAGCUGGAGACCAAGGUGGACCAUGACGAGCUGCAAAGUGCCACCACUCAGCUGAAUGAGAUGAUGCAGGACCUGCUGCAGAAGAUGUCCCUGCAGGACAAGGAGUGGCAGAAGGUUCUGCAGAAUUUGUUCAUCGACAUGGACUCCAAGCUGGACCGUGUGGCACUGGACCCCCUGCAAAAGCAACUGGAGGAAGUGUGGAAGUUCAUUAAGAAGUAUCUGAGCGAGGGCCCCCACUUUGAUGCUGACAGCGCUGCUGGCUUUAAAAAGCAACUCUUUGAACGGGUGAAGUGCAUUUCCUGUGACAGACCAGUGAUGAUGACAACUGGGCCGCACCUGGUAACAGUCCGAAAGGCAAGGUUAUACUCCCGGACGCGCCCAGCCAGUGCCAAUGGUUAUGAGUACCUAGCACAGAAACAGCAAAUGAGGGAACAAGCUCUGGAGAAGAAGGACAGGAGUGAAACAACCAGCCACGAGCAGCAGUCCUCACAGCAGUCCUCGCAGCACUGCUGGCAGUGCCAAGCACAUGCCACUUACCCUGCCGAGCGAUAUUCCACUCCAAAGACUCUCACUACCAUCUACCCCUAUGGAGACCCAGCUGUCCUCACCUAUGAUAAUACUGAAGUUGAUAUUCUGGGCAUCAAUGGAGUUCUCUACAAGGGCAGGAUGAGCUCACAACCUGCAAAAUGGGGCACCUCUCUAGACAAGGAAUUUCCAGCAACUGUUGCCCGGAUGAGGGCUGGAUCUGUAGGCGGCAAACAGCAGCCUUCCCAGGAGACUACCCUGGAUGUCCCCAUUCAGCGAGCCACCCCAUGGCCUCUGUCAGGAGACAGGGGCAUGACUGGCAUGUGAGCCACACAGGGCAGCAGCAGCUCCACCAGCCCCACCCCUUUCCUUUCUACCCAUUAUUCCUGGGCAGCUUUAACUGGCAGGAAGUCCAAGGCUGCUCUGCAUGACCUCAGCAAGUUGAGCAAGAGGGAUUUAUGACUGUGUAGAGCCCAGUGCUUGUAGGCAGGGAAUUGCAGUCACCAUCUCCACCAUGAGCUGUUGGGUGAAAGGGCAAGGGCAUGGGCAGGAUGGGGCCAUAGGGCUGCCCUGGAGCAUGUGUCAUUUCAUAAUAAACUAGGGGGGGCCCUCUUCCAGUGCCUAAGCUCUGCAUUAACACACAGACCUGGGGGCAGUCAGGGAAGAUCCAAGUGCCCCUGUCUUAGCAGAAGCCCCAGGUCUUGAGAGCUCUUGGUGAGUACUGAAGGUGCGUGUUAGGGAGGCCUGUGGGUUGCCUGGCUGGUGAACAAUGAUAAUAGCAAGCAGGGCUACACUUGCUGUGUUGGGGGUCAGGGAGCUCCUCUAGGCUGUGGAAAGACUGAUGCUCUGGCACUGCCUUCUGGCUGUUCCAAGGACUGGCAUGUCUCCAUGCUGUCCACCCAGUAAGGCCCAAUACUUGCCUGAUGCUCAGCAGCUUGUCCCUGCCCUGGCCCAGCAAACUGGCUCCUGGGACUUCAAAGCCACUGAUUCUGGCUGCCUAGCUUGCUGGCUGAUCCUCAGGGCUCAGCCAUGUCCCCAGGAAUAUUCCUUCCUUCUCCUGCUGCCAGACCAGCAGGCCCUUGUGAGUCCCCACAGGGGUUGUAGAGCUGUAACCAACAGGACCCUGCACCCAGGCAGCAGUUGUGGCAUAUAGAGACACAUACCUACAGCUGAGGCUCGGCAUUGGUGAGUGACUCUCUCGAUCCUAAAAUCCCCAAGGCCUCCAGAGAUUAUUAACAAGAGCCCAAGUACAGCAGCGUGUGUGGGGCUAGAGCGGUUGGUCCCAGUUCUGUGCCUCAAAAGCAUGGACUCUCCUAAACCAGCAGCCCUUUGCCCUGGAAGCCCCCUGCCCCUCUCCCUGC